ACAGUCCCUUGCGCUUCCCUUUCCAGCAGCGCCUGCGAUCAUGGCGGACGUGGUUGCGGAGGAGGUAGUGGACCAGACGCCAGUCCCGGACCGGGAGCAGAACGGGAAGGCGGAGGACAAGGAGGAGGCCGAGCCCGUGGGAGAGACAGCGAAAAAGAAGAAGAAAAAGAAGAAGAAGAACAAGUCCGCAACGACAGGCGCCGAUGCGGAGGGUGACGGAGUGGCCGUAGUGGCCAAACAGCUGGAAAAGCAGGCGAUAGAAGACAAAGAGAAAGAGGAGGACGCCGAGGAAGAUGGAGACGAUGGAGAAAACGCGGCAGGGAAAAAGAAGAAGAAGAAAAAGAAGAAGAAAGGACCCAAAACUCAGACUGAGAUUCCAUCUGUGCCCAUCUGUGACUUAUACCCAAGUGGAAUAUUCCCCAUCGGACAGGAGUGUGAAUACCCCACCUUACAGGACGGUCGCAGUGCAGCGUGGCGUACGACCCACCAAGAGAAGCGGGUGCUGGAUAAAGCCAACGAGGAGGUCUGGAACGACUUCCGACAGGCGGCCGAGGCGCACAGACAAGUCCGGCAGCACGUCCGCGGCUUCAUGAAACCCGGCAUGACCAUGAUUGAAAUCUGCGAGCGGUUGGAGGACUGCUCUCGCAAGGUGAUAAAAGAGGACCGCCUGAACGCCGGACUGGCCUUCCCCACCGGCUGCUCCCUCAACCAUUGUGCUGCCCACUACACUCCCAACGCCGGAGACACCACCGUCCUGCAGUACGACGACGUCUGCAAGAUCGACUUCGGCACGCACAUUAACGGGCGGAUCAUUGACUGUGCCUUCACCGUCACGUUUAACCCAAAGUACGACAAGCUGCUGGAGGCCGUGAAGGACGCCACCAACACUGGCAUCAAGAAAGCCGGCAUCGACGUGCGUCUGUGUGACGUCGGGGAGGCGAUUCAGGAAGUGAUGGAGUCCUACGAGGUCGAGCUGGACGGCAAAACGUACCAAGUGAAGCCGAUCCGAAACCUGAACGGCCAUUCAAUCGGCCAGUACCGGAUCCACGCUGGCAAGACGGUGCCCAUCGUUAAAGGAGGAGAAGCAACAAAGAUGGAGGAGGGAGAAGUGUACGCCAUCGAGACCUUCGGCAGCACCGGUAAAGGAAUGGUGCACGACGACAUGGAGUGCUCUCACUACAUGAAAAACUUUGACGUGGGCCACGUCCCCAUCAGGCUGCCCCGAGCGAAGCACCUGCUGAACGUCGUCAACGAGCACUUCGGCACGCUGGCGUUCUGCCGGCGCUGGCUGGACCGCCUGGGCGAGAGCAAGUACCUGAUGGCGCUGAAGAACCUGUGCGACCUGGGCAUCGUGGACCCCUACCCGCCGCUCUGCGACACCAAGGGCUGCUACACCGCUCAGUUCGAGCACACCAUCCUGCUCCGGCCCACCUGCAAGGAGGUGGUGAGCCGAGGAGACGACUACUGAUGCCCCCCCCUCCCCCCUCCUCCCCGAGCCGACGCCCCUUAAACACAACAGCACCCUCACCGUCACCACACAGCACCUCCAGACCCCCACCCCUAAAAUAAAAAGCCUCUUCUUAAACAGGACGCUGUCGUCUCAGAGCGGCUUUGAGGGAUGCCAAAAUGCUGCUGUACUCUACCCACAAUGCACCACUCACAGCUUGCAAAAGGAAGAAGGCACCGGCCUACAGAGUCCUUCGUCUUUCCACCACAACGACAGAAAUUGUAAACGAGCCAACGCGCGCAACCUCCAUUUUACUAAAAAUGAUCGAGCUUAUUUAAGCUGCUGCUGAAUUCUAGCGCACCCCCAAGUAUCAAAGACGAGGAAACCCCGUUUCUAGGGCUCCAUCUGAGCCUCUAGUACGCAUGCUGCUGACGGGUUUAAGUGGCCAAACGUCUCCUCGUUUAAAAGCUCUAAUAACUCCUCACGCACCAACAUCUGCAGCUGUGUAGAGGGGGGAGGGGGUGUCUUUGAAAUCGUGGCUGCCACCGUUUGUUCCCCAGGUAAAAAAAAAAAUGCUUUGUUUUGAACUCCCUGAAAAAAUGUUUUUGUAAGGAAAGAAAAAAAAAGAUUAAAAUGGUUUUGCGCA